UCGCCGAAUUUCAUUCCAGUCCAAAAAAUUCUACAUUCCCAAAACCCUGAUAAUCUUCUUCCGGUGAGAGAGAAUGGCCAAGGAAGAACCAAAGGCAGAGACGAAGAAGAGGGUGGUGGAGUCGUUGGGAUGGCUGACGGAAUCAUCAAUCAUGCCGCGCAAGCAUCGCGCCAUCGAAGGAGUUGGUGCCUCCUCCAUCCUCGAGCUCAAAGCCCAACUCUACAGGUCGCAGGAGGAGUCUAAGCGCAAUCCCAAAGAUACAGUGCGCCCUACCGACCAAAAUUACGCUCAACAUCUGGAGGUCCAUCGCGCCAAGAAAAAGAUUUCCGCAAACGAUACUUUCUCCAAUAAGAACUCCGGCGUCGACGCCCGUGCCUUCAAGGAUAAGCUUGAGCUGAAGGCUGUUCAGGAUGGAUCAGCAAGCUACGCUGCAUUGGAGAAGAAGGCCGAAAUAUAUAAUAAGCUGGUGAGGGGGGAACUCUCUGAUGAAGAAGAUCAAGAGAAGUACUGUGUUGAUUUCUUUAGAAAGGGUCUGGAGCAGGAUCCAUCCCAGAUGUAUCAAGAGAGUGAUACUUCUACACCACAAGCCCAGAUGUCUCGAGAGAAUGUAGACGAUGGUGAUGACGGUGAUGAUUUCUUGUCGAAUGGUACAAAAGCUGCAGGGCUUGGGCGGACAUCUGCUGCUGUGGACAGGAGCCAGCAUAAGCAUUUCGUAAUGGAAGUUCAUGAGGAAGCAAAUCAAGCAAGGGAAAAAGUGUCUGAACUAAAAAUGCGCAGACAAGAGCAGCUUGCUGCAAAAAGAGAAAAAUUAAAGCAGGCCUACCUCCGAAAGCAACUUGAGAAGUUGAAAGCAUCUAAAGCAGAGCAAACCUGAGUGGGUCAGGUGAUUGAUCCUUAUAGUAGUUAUUAAGAGUUAAAUUGCACGGAUAUGUACACCUUGUUCUCUGAGAAAACAUCACAUAGCUCAUGAUUAAACGUCAUGUUCCUAGUUGCUCUACAUCUUCUGGUCUGUCAAAGUUUUAAACCUUAGAUGUGACUCAUUUUACCCUUCUUCCCUGAGCAUCCCUUCCUGUUGGCUAGUUUCCCAUGUUUACUAGAAGCUAUUAACUCUACUUUUUGUGUAAGUUGUCUUUGGAGUAAAAGUUGUCAUUUUAGAUAUAAAAAAAAAAAAAGACAUGCUUGUUGAUUAUCUUGAAGAUUGAAUAGCUAAUAUUUGUAUAUCCUGUGUCGGAACGCCGUUUGGGAACAGUUCUCAUGCUUUGUUAAUGGAGAAGUGCAUCAUGAGAUGGUUUUAUUAUGCAUUUGACACUGUCAUUGAAGUCUUGCGACCCUGACUCAUCUGCCAUCCCGUUACAUUGCAGGCAUUAAUGGACGUGAAAUUACACGCUUCAUCGGUCACAAAUAGCCAAAUUGCAUUGUUGUGAUUCGUCACUUUAUUCCGAAUGUCUGCUCAUGCUGAGAGACUCUGAACCUAGGCUCUGGAGUGCAAUGAGCAGGGGAUGCUAUAGAUGAGCUGGUAUAUUGCAGGAAGCAGAGCUCGAAACGAGAAGGAGUGAAGUCCAAACUUCCAAGAAUAUUAAAUCCAUUGUUUGUUUUUCAAAGCUGUAGCUAUCUUUCCUCCUUUUCAGUUUUAGUCCUCAUUCGUUCUUGUGAAUAUAUUGAAUGUGUGUAGAUCUAUACAACUCUCGAUUGGGGUAUCCUUGAUGCACUUUCAUGUCAUGUUUUCUGUUGGCCAAAGAAAACUCGGGAUCUUGUAUUCAUUUGCAGAAGUGAAUAUUCUUUUUGAGUUGCACUCA